GACAGGAAGAGGCGGAGCCCACGCCGCCCCGCGCCACCAGGGAGGGAGCGGCGGCCGCUGGCGGUGGCGGCGAAAGCGGUGGCCGCUUCGUCCCGGCCACGGCUCAUCUGGCUCGGGAACUGCGCGGAGCUUCGGAGACCCUCGGCCUGGUGGGACAACGCCAUGGGUCCCGCCGACGCCCCGUCCGCCCUAGCGCUCAGGGCAGUGGGCCCUGCGGCCGCCACCCCGUACGGUGUCUUCUGCAAGGGGCUGUCCCGCACCCUGCUCGCCUUCUUCGAGUUGGCCUGGCAGCUGCGCAUGAACUUCCCGUACUUCUACAUCGCGGGCUCCGUGAUCCUCAACAUCCGCCUGCAGGGCUUCUCUGGAAAUUGCUGUAUAUUCCAGGCUAGCUCAAAACUUAUGAUCUCUCUGCCAUCACCUUUUGAUUACUAGGUUUACUGAGCUGUGCCAGCAAUAGGCUUCAUAUUUGCCAGAUAACAUUUUAAAUGUCAGAAAAGUCCCAAGGCAUUUUGUCUAAGCUUCCAGGUGCUAAAAUAGUUUGGCUAAAUAAGUGCUCUGAAGGAAAAAUUAGUCAGUUUUUUAUUAAUAAAGAAAUAUACCUGAUGUUUUAAAGUAUCAGAAAAUUCCAAUUGUAAUAGGGCAGAAAGAGCGACCACAAAGAGAAAGAACUGGAAACUUACUUUAGUCUGUAAAGUACAUUCUUUAAAAGCCUGAAGACCCAAAUUUGAUCCCCAGAGCCUAGUAAGCCAGGUUUGGUAGCAUGAUUGCAAUCCCAGUGCUAAGGAGAGACAGAGUCAGAUCCCUGGGGUUCGCUGGCCAGCUACCCUAGCUACUUGGCAAACUUCCAGAACAUUGAAAGACACUGUUUUUAACAAUAAUCUGUUCAGUGCCUGAAGACUUAUGUUCAGUGUUGACACUCUAGCUGGCUCCUACAUUAUUUCUCUAUAUGAUAUCCUGCUUUAAUUCUGUAUUUUUUUAAUCCACUAAGUUGAAUCAUCCAUAUUUCUAAAGAAAGGGGACAGUAGCCAUCUGCUUAUAGCUCCUUAGCUCAGGGUGGGGCCUCAGGACUCCCAAGCCCCCACCUUAUUCCAUGAUGGAGUCAUUGAACUGGCUUGAUAUGGUACUGGUCUAAUGUACGUCAUCACAGCUUCUGUGAGCUCUUGUGUGCAACAGCUGUAUAAUAUUUAAAGUUUUCAUUUCAUAGCACCCUUCUUCCUCCUGUCUUUUACAUUCUUUCUUUAUCUUCCAUGGUGAAAUCUUAAACUUAUAUGUCAAGGUGGAGUGGACAAAACAGUGAUACUCUUCUUUUCAUUAAUAGCUAUCCUGUAUCAUAAAAGUUAAUUCACUAUGAAAUAGACUGUAUUAUUUUGUAGUUUUAAUAUGAUGCACCUCUAUCUUGAUAGCUGUAAUUAAUUUGAGAGCUCUAGGGAAAACACUAGGCACUGUGUUACCUGUAAUUCUAAUACUCGAGAGACUGAGUCGGAAGAGUUCUAGUUUGAACCCACUGAAGUGUAUGUAGGGGAUAUAGGGCCAUCUUGAGCCACAUUAGAGCCCAUCUCAAUAUACGUUUCCUGUGAGUGUCCUCAAAACGUUUUUAAUUUCAGUAGUAUGGAGUACACCGUCAAUAUUCUGAGAGUUUAUUAUGUCUUCU